AUGUCCAGCAAGUUUGUUCAGGGUCUUACAAAGCAGCUUCCUCGUCUUCGCAAUAGAGGGAUUGAGAUACUAAGGGAUCCGGGUACAAAUAAGGGAGCUGCAUAUUCUCACAAAGAACGUCAAGUUUUGGGGCUUCACGGUCUUUUGCCACCCGCGGUGUUAACUCAGAAGGAGCAAGCCCAAAGCGUUCUUACCAACCUGUACGCCCUGGAAGAUGAUUUAGGUCGUUACAACACUCUUAUGUCCCUUCAGGACCGCAAUGAGAAGCUUUUCUACAAGGUGGUAACAAGCAAUCUUGAGUAUCUUCUACCCCUCAUUUACACGCCCACGGUUGGGAAAGCUUGUCUAAACUACGGCAUGAUUCUGCGGCGACCAAGAGGUCUCUACAUCACGAGCAACGAUAAAGGUCACGUUCGUAGCAUCCUACGCAACUGGCCAGAGAAGCGUGUGAAAGCCGUGGUUAUGACGGAUGGCGAGCGGAUUCUUGGUCUUGGUGAUUUGGGUGCUCAGGGCAUGGGAAUUCCCAUCGGCAAGUGUGCGCUCUACACGGCUCUCGGCGGCGUUAAUCCUCGCGCCUGCCUUCCUCUAAUGAUCGAUAUUGGUACCAACAAUGAGGAUCUCUUGAACAAUGAAUUUUACUUGGGCCUCCGCCAAAAGCGCAUCCCCACAGACCAGUAUUAUGAGCUGAUGGAUGAGGUGCUGGAGUCACUCGUUGAUCUAUACGGUCCUAAUGUCGCGGUCCAAUUCGAGGAUAUGGCAACCAAGAAUAGUUUCGCCUUUUUAGAGCGCUACGGAAAGAAUUACAUCGUGUUCAAUGAUGACAUCCAAGGUGCUGCUGCUGUUGCCUUGGCUGGUCUUAUCUCUGCGACACGCAUUACCAAGACGCGUCUAAUGGACAACAAGUUCCUUUUUUACGGGGCAGGCAACGCCGCCACUGGUAUUGCAAACAUUCUCGUUUCGGCGAUGAAAGAUGAGGGAGCAUCUGAGGCGCAGGCUUAUUCACGCAUCUACAUGAUGGACUCAAAGGGGCUUCUUGUCAAGAGUCGUCAUGAGGCAGUGGUGGAGCCGCAUAAGCUUCCCUUCGUUCGUGAUGAUUCUGGACCUGUAGACCGCUUAACCACUGCCAUCACUCAAAUCAAGCCCACUGUCUUGAUUGGAGCUGCUGCUGUUCCACACGCUUUUACUCGCGAGGUUCUCAACCUGAUGGCAAAUUUCAAUAAACGACCCGUUGUUUUUGCUCUCAGUAAUCCCACUGAGAAGGCUGAGUGCACUGCUGAGACGGCAUUUAAGUCAACAGAGUGUCGCUGCAUCUUCGUGAGUGGUUCGCCAUUCCCCACCAUUCAACUUCCUUCGGGUCAAAAGUACUACCCAAGUCAGGGCAACAACUAUUAUGUCUUUCCUGGCUUUGCCAUGGCUGUCACCUCCGCUCUUAUUCGUCCUAUCACUCAAGAUCUUUUCCUUGCAGCUGCAAAGGCGAGUUGGCAGACAGUGGCAGAUAUGGUAACGGAAGAUGAUCUAGCUGUAGGUAGCACUUAUCCACCAGUAAGGAAGCUGCGUGAGGUGGCACACAAGGUCGCCGUCGAGUUGGUGACGAAAUCUUUUUCUAAUGGCACUGCCCAGUACCAUCCCGAACCUGAGGACAAGGUGGAGUUUAUCAAGAGUUUCACCUAUGACCCAUCCUACGUGGACUUCACACCAGACUCCUACGAUUGGCCCUCGCAAUGA